AUGGUUUUGUUUGCUGGUAUUUUAGGGGGGACAGUUUCAGGACUCUCCUCGGACUCUGCUCAGACUCUGCUCAGACUCUGCUCAGACCCUGCUCAGACCCUGCUCAGACUCUCCUCGGACUCUGCUCAGACUCUGCUCAGACUCCGCUCAGACUCUGCUCAGACUCCGCUCAGACUCUGCUCAGACUCUGCUCAGACUCUGCUCAUACCCUGCUCAGACCCUGCUCAGACUCUGCUCAGACUCUGCUCAGACUCUGCUCAGACCCUGCUCAGACUCUCCUCGGACUCUGCUCAGACUCUGCUCAGACUCUCCUCGGACUCUGCUCAGACUCUGCUCAGACUCUGCUCAGACUCCGUUCAGACUGCUCAGACUCCGCUCAGACUCUGCUCAGACUCUGCUCAGACUCUGCUCAGACCCUGCUCAGACUCUGCUCAGACUCUGCUCAGACCCUGCUCAGACUCUCCUCGGACUCUGCUCAGACUCUGCUCAGACUCUGCUCAGACUCUGCUCAGACUCCGCUCAGACUCCGCUCAGACUCUGCUCAGACUCUGCUCAGACUCUGCUCAGACUCUGCUCAGACUCUGCUCGGACUCUCCUCGGACUCUGCUCAGACUCUGCUCGGACUCUGCUCAGACUCCGCUCAGACUCUCCUCGGACUCUGCUCAGACUCUGCUCAGACCCUGCUCAGACUCCGCUCAGACUCUGCUCAGACUCCGCUCAGACUCUGCUCAGACUCUGCUCAGACUCUGCUCAGACUCUGCUCAGACUCUGCUCAGAAUCCGCUCAGACUCCGCUCAGACUCUGUUCAGACUCUGCUCAGACUCUGGGGCAUCACUCCUGGCGCUGAUAUCGAUCUGCGCAGCCCGUACCCUUGGGCAAGGUGAUUUUACACUUAUCUCCCGUGCUGCCCCUGCUUCCUCAGCUCCCCUGUCCCUCUCACUUUGGGCCUCUCCGGGAAUCCCUCCAGAUCCGCGGUCAGGGCUGCCGUUCGUCCGUGAGGUUUUGCAACAAGCACAACACAAGAUGCCAUCGUGA